CACUGCUCCUCUAUUUAAAUGUUAUGCCAUAUGCCCUGUAUUUCCAUCACCAAAGUUUGCUUCUCCUAUUUCAACUUGUUUGAUAACAUGGCGCAGAAAACUUUUCUCAGCUUUUUGGUGCUCCUCUUAUGUUUCACUUUCGUUGUCUCAACUGUAGCUGGAAGCCUAAAGAAAAACGAGGAAGAUCCAUCAGCAAUAGCAGUUCAAGAUCUACAGGCUCAGGAUCUGAGGGAUGGAGAUGAACUUUUUGAUGUUGAGGGCAGAAUAUUGGAGUUUGAAACCACAGACUACAAGGGUCCAGGAGCGAAUCCAGGCCAUGACCCAAAAACUCCUGGAAAGCCCUAAGUCCAAAUUUUAGAUAUUUUUGUGUAUAGAUCGAAGUUUAAAGGGUUCGAGGGUUUGGAUCUCGAAAUGGAUUGGAUUUUCUUGCUACUGAGUGUGCUUGUUAUCCAUAAUCUUGAGUGGUGUUUCUCUUUUCUUGUCUACUGAAACAUGGAAAGUGUGUGGUUUCAGGUUUGUGCAUUGUGUGUGACCUAGCUUGUGUACAAUGCAACCGUACGGAUGAGCCAGGGAUAGGAAGUAAGAUGUAGAUGUUAAUUUUGCAGAACCUCUUACAGCUCUCAAAAUAACACAACUUCUGGCUCGUUGUGAUGUGUGAUUGUUGUAAUAACACAACAGUAUGCAUAGUGUGUGACCUAGCUUGUGUGUGAGUGUUUUUCUUCAAGAAAUAAUAAUGUUAUGGAUGGUUUGGUC